AUGGAAAAAAUUGCAGCUAGUGGACGUAAACGUAAAAAACGUACAUCUAUUGAAGUUAGUAUAAAACAAUCACUUGAAUUACACUUUGCACGUAAUCCUAAACCAGCUGCACAAGAUAUAACACAAUUAGCUGAUCAAUUACAACUUGAAAAAGAAGUUGUACGUGUAUGGUUUUGUAAUCGACGACAAAAAGAAAAACGUGUUACACCACCAUUAGGAAAUGGUACAGCAUCAGCAUCAAAUCAUCAUCUUCAUCAUCAUCAUACGAAUAGUUCAAGUCCAUCAUCGACACCAACAGGAACAACAGGAGAUUAUUAUGAAUAUCAUUAUCCAACACAUUUGUAA